AGGACCGAAACGUUUUCUAAUAUGCCCUAGUGCUUGCUCACGUGUCGUUUUUAAGCCGGAGUGGGGUAAAGUUAAGUUGCAUUGCCAUCCGGAUCGUCAGGAGAGUCUACUCCCAUAUUUUCGCCUUGCUACUAGCUCCAGGACGCGUUGGGGACACGGAACAUAUAUCCACCACUAGCCAACUUGCCAAUCGUCGAGGCUUCUCUUCGGACACCGGAAAGUAGGACUUGAUACGGCGUGAGCCGUCAGUGGUCCUAUAAACCCCGAACCAGUGGUGUAGGUUAGGCUAGAAAUGUGGUUGUUUAUGUGUUUGUGUGUUGGGAUGCUUGUGUUGCCCAACAAUGGUGAGGUGUAUACAGCCAUGACAGACAUUGGUCGUCUCCUCACCACCGAGGGGGAAAUGAUUAGAGCAGUUGAGAAUUAUAUCAUUGCUCAGGAAAGCAAGUUGGAGAAGCUUAGAAGAGAUGUUUACGAGAUGGAACGAGUACACGAUGAAGCUGCUCGUUCUCCUGAGGCCUUCUUGGGGAAUCCUAUUAAUACCUUCCUGCUAGUGAAACGACUUACUGUGGACUGGACAGACCUGCAGAAUAUUAUGACUGACGACAGUAUGGGCAAAGCUAUGUUGAACAAUUUGACAAGCAUGGCUGAUUUCCUGCAUUGGCCUGACGAAGAGGACCUGAAUGGUGUGGCUGUUGCUCUUAUGAGGCUUCAGGAUACUUACAAUCUUGACACAUCUCAGCUGGCUCGAGGACACAUCUAUGGCAAGAGACAGGCAUAUAGAGAACUGACAGCUGCCGACUGCUUUGAACUUGGUCGCCAGAGCUACAACGGUGGAGACCAUUACCAUACAAUGCUGUGGAUGAAUGAAGCACUCAAACGCCAAGAGAUGGAAAGCAACAAGACAGUGGAUCAUGCUGAUAUCCUGGAAUAUCUAGCUUUCUCUACCUACAUGCAGGGCAAUGUGAGACAGGCUCUGAAGCUGACAAAUGAGCUUUUGGUAGAGAGGCCCAACCAUCAGAGAGCACAGGGAAACAAGGUGUAUUAUGAGGAAACCCUUCAAGCUCAACUAGCCAAGAAACGUGGAGAAGAUGGUGCCACCAUGGAUGAAGAAGCUGUAGAAAAGGGUUAUACUGUGACAGAGAAUGCAGAAGUUGCCAGUGACUGGCAGAGAGAGCGUCGAGCAUAUGAGCGACUGUGUCGUGGUGAAGGAAGUGUCCCACACUCCAUUAGCAAAAAACUGGAUUGUUUUUAUAAGCAUGGGCCUAGUGAUUUCCUUCGAAUCAGUCCUGUGAAGACAGAGGUGGUACACAUUGACCCAACUGUGUCUAUAUACUAUGAUAUUCUCAGUGACAAGGAAAUUGCUGUUAUUAAAGAACUGGCAACACCCAUGUUUAAAAGGGCAACUGUCCAGAAUUACAAGACUGGUGAACUUGAAACUGCAUCUUACCGUAUCAGCAAAUCAUCUUGGCUGAAGCAUGGAGAUCACAAGGUAGUAGCAGGAGUCAAUCAUCGUAUUGAAAGUAUAACAGGGUUAACUAUGGAUACAGCUGAGGAACUGCAAGUGGCAAACUAUGGAAUUGGAGGGCACUAUGAGCCACAUUUUGACUAUGCAAGGCGAGAAGAGAAAGAUGCCUUUAAAUCUCUAGGCACUGGUAACAGAAUUGCAACUUUCCUGUUCUAUAUGAGUGAUGUGGAGGCUGGAGGAGCCACAGUGUUCCCAUAUAUCAACUUGAGUCUUUGGCCCAAGAAAGGUGCUGCUGCAUUUUGGUACAACUUGCAUCCAAGUGGGGAGGGUGACACACUCACCAGACAUGCAGCUUGUCCAGUAUUAGUUGGUACCAAGUGGGUAUCAAACAAAUGGAUUCAUGAACGUGGACAAGAAUUCAGAAGGCCAUGCACUCUAGACUACAAUACAUUAUAAUAAUCUUCAGUCAUAUUGUGUGUCCAUAUACCAUGCACUUCUUUUAUGUUUUAUACAUUUUCUCGGCUCCAUAGCUAGCAAGUUAUCUCAAACUGAGGAUUCCUCAGCAUGUUCCUAAUAUUUGUGGUCUUACCUUGAGACUGAUACUCUACCUUACAGUUGGCCAUUUGAGCAGUGAAUUUAUUUUAUUUCUGCCAAAGAAAACCUGUAAUAUCUUUAAGGCAUUUACAUGUUAUUAAAAACUUAACAUGAAUAUAUCAAAAUACUGUACAAGACAGACUUUUCAUAGAUUUUUUUCCACAAGAAAAGUUCUGCAGCAGAUUAUUUAUUUGAAUAAUAUUUCAUGUAUGUAGAAAAUUUUAAUUUGUGCUUUUUUAAUUUAUGUCUUUUUACUUAAUUUUUAGGGUUAAAAAAAAUAUUUCUGAAAAUUUUACUUAUGGGUUCAUUACCACACCAUAUACAGUAAGAUCCUGGUAAUGUGUGAUAGUAAAAUGUGUAAAUCAGUUGUGUACAGUUAAAAUAAACACCAUUCUUUGGCAUUUCACAUUUUUCAUACAUAAAUACAUUGUUAAAAAAAUAGUACAAAACAUCCUUAUUUUAUUGAAAAAUGUGGCUGUAUAGCCCUUGUGGUUUAGUGCUUCUUUUUGACAAUAAUAAUAAUAAUAAUUGAAAAAUAUGAAAAAGUGCAAUAUACCGACACAUAACAUGGCAUAUUGCUGUACAGUAAUGAAGCACUUUAAACACUACAUUACUAUAACUACUAUAUACAGCCAAACUUGUUUACGAUUAUUCUUGAUGUUUCUUACAAAUUAAAAAAAAAAUAAAUUGCAUCCUUGAAAGUCUAAAUUUUAUCUAGCUUUAUAUAUUAUAUCCAUCAAGGUGAGUAUGAACCUGCCAGUUGUCACUAAGUGUGAAGAGAAUCUCAAAAGUUAAGAGUAUGUACUAUAAUAAUAUUCUCACAAAAAGUACAGUACUAAAUUUGUAAAUGAAGUUGAACAAGAACAGAGGAAACAGAAUAUCACUUAUAGCUGAAAGUGUAGGUAAGGUGUACUACAUAGUGAAGGACAGCAAUGCUUGGGGAGAACUACUUAGCCAGCAGUGAGUUGUGGUUAUGCAGUUACUGGCCAUAUGCAUUGGUACUCAACAGUAAUGAGCACAUCAAACCAACCAAGAGAAAAGUAAACGCCUCCUGCACAUAUAGCGUGAUAAGAGCUAUGCAUGUCCUAGUUUCACCGUGUAUCCCUGAGUAAUCAUCUUUGUACUCUGGAUUAUUCAUCAUUAAAUUAUCUGCUUCUUUGGAUAAUUCUUUGUCUCCAGGAGGCAAUUCAAAACAUCACCAGUUAUUUAUAUUUAGUGUUGGGAAUCAUACUUAGCACUUUGCUAUACAUAGCUCACUUCUAAAACACAAAAAAUUCAUAACAUUCACAGGCCCCAGGAUUUUGUUGUACUGUAUUUACAGACAAGUGUGUGUAACUACCUAUUUAAAUUUUAAGGAGAGAUGGAUUGGACUCGUAUCUUGGGCCCACAUUUUAUCUUUUAAUCAAGUGACAUGAAUUAGGAGUUUUAUAUUAGGUCAAUUUCCACUGUUCAUGAUUUAGUUCAGACCACUUUUUAACUGCCCUUAUUUUAAACAUGUUCAGUUCUCUGGCUCAGUUGGGUAUGCAGGGCCCAUCUAUAACCUCUUAUUGUAGUUAUUCCUCUGGUAAAGAUUCUAUAAAUGUAUCUCAUAUUUGCAUCAUUUAUCUGACAAUGAUUUGUUUAUUUUGCAAAAUGUGGACAUUGGAAAAUAGCAACAGAAAUAAUUUAAUGUACAACCUUUCCUCAGCCAUUUUAGUUACUAAAUAUACAUUGGCAUAAAAUUCUUUGUAUUAAAGGUAAAUCUUUAACAAUCUCAUAAUGAGCAUGUCAUAUACAUGAGACAUAUAAUACCAUUAUUUAUUAGACUGCAAAAAUAAUUUUCUUUAGUAAACUGAAUGCUUAGUCAUUUUUGGAAGGACGAAAGGUUUAUCAAGUUAAUGUUAGUUAACCUAAAUAAUAAAAUGUAUAUAUACUAUAGGCACUACAAAUAUAAGAGUGCUAAAAUCUUUAUAGAAAGAAAUUGCUUAGUGGCAAAAAGGCUCAAGUGGCAAUAGACAUUAGUAGUAAGAAUCAUUUUAGUAUAGCAUUUCACCCAUGGCUGGACUUUUUCAAGUACUUGAUAAAUUUAGUCCAGGCUUAGGUGAAGUAUUAAAAGGAUUCUCUACCAGUCUUUAUUUCCAGAAAUUGCAUAGUCACUUUGUUGUCUAAUUAUAUUUGUAACUAAAGCAUUUUAUUAGAUGCUAAUAAGCUUUAGUUGUUCUGCCUUUACCACUGAUGGAAUCAUCCCCCAAUACUUUUUUUUUUUAUUGGUGUUUGGGGAGGAUGUUAGUUUCUUCUUGUUGGUUUGUCAUUCUGACUGGGAUGCCAGUUGCCAUUUUUUUUUUUCCAUACUGCAGAUACUAUGUGGCUUUGAAGGAAGUUUGCUACUGUCUUUGAUGGAGUGUGGUCAUUUGCUUUGCCUGGGUUUUCAGUAGUGAGAUCCUGCUUUUUUAUUUGGGAACACUAGUUCCCUUUUCUUUCUCUGCCCAGAUAUGGACAUGAUUCAAGCUGAGAUACUGUUAGAGCUCAAUACAUCAAGCACAUAAAACAAAUUGUAACAGUAAGAACAGAGAUUAUUAUUAUUAUAAUCAAGGGGGAAGCGCUAAACCCAGAGGAUUAUACAGCGCCUGGUGGGGGGGGGGGGGACGUGGAAGGCAUUCAGGCUUAAUUCGGGAAACUGGAGCACAGAUCCAAUUCCCUAAAUCAAGAGCCCCUCACCAACAUCAAGGAACCUUCCUUGAGGGGUAAGAACAGAGCUUAUUUGCCACAAACAACAAAAUUUAUGUUGAGCAUAAUACCUGUGUAUUAACAUGUCAAAACUUUUUUUUUUUUUUUUUUUUUUUAUUACACAUUGGCAGAUAACAACAGUGGAACACCAUAAGUUCAGCUGGAUUUGGGAAGGAGGCUGUCUGAGGUUUUGAUUUGUCCAAAAAUACCAUUUUGGGGUCACUGUUUACUCUUAAUUUCCUUCUUGUAUGUACUCCCAAAUUCCUCCACCAACCUUUGUAACCUCUUUGAAUCUCCCAAAAGAACAAUAUUUUCGGCAAAAAGUCGAUGACAGAGGUAUAGGUAGCUGUUUGUCUUAUCUUAAAUGACUUAUUUAUUUGUAAUCAAGUUUCGGACAAUUUUUUCAUAGUUUCUAAUUUUCCGAGUUCGUGCCUAAACUUAUGAUAUUCCGCUAUAUUAUUAUUGCAUAAAAAGGUCAUAAAAAUCUCAAAAUGGAAGUGUUAGAACUGACAUACAUAUAUACAGUAUUUUUAUAUAUUAAGAGAUGUUUAUAUGUUCUUGCUAUAUACAGUUUCCACUGGAGCUGGCAUCUGAAGUAUGGUAUAUUUGCAAGUCAUUUUCACUGAAGUGGCAUUUUUGGUUGUAUGGCUAUUUUGUAGUUAUUCAACACGAUAGUUUUAAUUAUAUAUACAGUGGACCCUCGAACUUCAUCAUCCCUUUUCUGUAUGUAAAACUAUAGUUAGUCUCUCUCAAAUGGAUUUUUUGUUAAUAUUUUUGGGUGUCUGGAAGGGAUUAAUUGGAUUUACAUGAUGAAAUUCGAGGGUCCACUGUAUUUAAAAUAAUUUUUAUUUUUUGAAUAAAAUUACAAUUGGCCAGGCUUUCACUGUUAUGAAAAUUAUAGCUACCCUGCCAUUUGAAUUUUUUAUUUGAAUAACACUUGUAAAUUUAUUAAAGUAUUUUUAAUGGCUAUGCUUGAGAAAUGUUUUGAUGUACGUUUGUAAACAUCAUGCACAUGAGAAUCUGUUUUAUUUUAAAGAUAAUGCAAGUCUGUACAUUUCACUUAUUAGAAAAAAUAAUUAUUUCUUUUACCUAUUUCACAUUUUAGAUUAGUAUGAACCAAGGAUCUCUAUUAUAAUAGUAUAUUAAUUAAUGCAAUACUAAAUUUAUCUGGGAAGGAAGACCUUUUUAAAUUUAGUGUGCACAUUUACAGUCAUUUUACAUUCUGAAAUAAUUUAAUAGAAAAUGUGACUGGAAAUUGA